ACCUCAUGGAAACUUUGUCCUCCAUGGGAUCUCAAACAACUAGGUUCUGUCGGAUCUUGUUAUUUUUGUUUUAUUAUCUUCCUUGUGCUCUAAACCAACUAGAUUCAAUUUGGUUGUGUAAUGAUCUGUUUCAGUGUGGAAACAUCACAGCUGGUUUCCCAUUCUCUGGAGGACUUCGUGAUGAAACUUGCGGUCACCCUUCUUUGAAACUAAACUGCAACAAAGUCUCAAACACAACCUCUCUUAUCAUCUCGGGCUACAACUACACUGUCCUCCAUAUAGACUACAACAACGACAACAAAUCCCUCACUCUUGGACUAUCAAGACAAGAUUUCUCAGGUCCUUUCUGUUCUGCUUCAUUCUCAACCACACUUUUACCUUCAGAUCUCUUCCAGACUUUACCAUCUUACAAAACCCUAGAUGUGUUCUUUGCUUGUGACCCACGUCGCUAUUUCCUUGGGAAUUUCACAUGUCUAGUGAAAGGUCUUGGCUCGGUUGUUCAAAACUCUACAUAUCGCAAACUUUGUGAUGAGAGUUUCAGUGUGAUAGUUCCUACGAGUUAUGUUCCAGAGGAAGAAGUUUUGGAUUUGGCCCAUUUAGAGAGUGUUCUUAGAGAAGGGUUUGAAGUGAAGCUUAAGAUGAAUAAGAUGAAUUGUGCACCAGAAUGUUUACCCUCUAGUACAAAUUGCAGUUUUUUGUCCGGAGAUUGCUGCACAUACACUUCAGGAACACUGACUUGCGGUACUACAGGAAACUUAUUUCGCGAAAUGAUCCCAAGUACUCGCUCCAUUCUGAUAAAAAUUGCAGAAGUUAUAGGGCCAAAUGUAGUUAUAUUUGUGGUGAUGGUUAUAGCAUUCUUGAUCUGGAGGAGAAAAAAAGCAAAGGCACUGAGAGAUCACAACCUCGAGGCGCUUGUAACCUCGAGACGGUAUAGUUAUAAAGAAAUCAAGAAGAUUACAAAAUCAUUUACAGAAGUAGUUGGACGAGGAGGGUUUGGAACUGUAUAUAAAGGGAGUCUACGUAAUGGUCGUAAAGUAGCCGUGAAGAUCUUGAAGGAUUCGAAGGGGAAUUGUAAAGAGUUCAUUAACGAAGUCGCGAGCAUGAGCCAGACAUCUCAUGUUAACAUUGUUUCUUUGCUUGGUUUCUGCUAUGAUGAAGGAUCCAAAAGAGCAAUUGUAUAUGAAUUUCUAGAGAAUGGGUCGUUGGAUAAUUCGUUGGGUCUUGGUGUGAGUACACUAUAUGAAAUCGCGCUAGGUGUUGCUCGGGGACUAGAGUACUUGCACUAUGGCUGCAAGAAAAGGAUUGUGCAUUUUGACAUCAAACCACAGAAUGUACUGUUAGAUGAAAAUCUUAGACCCAAAGUUGCUGAUUUUGGCCUCGCUAAGCUCUGGGAGAAGCAAGAAAGCAUCUUGUCAUUGCUUGACACGAGAGGAACAAUGGGAUACAUUGCUCCAGAAUUGUUUUCAAGAAUGUAUGGGAAUGUAUCUCACAAGUCAGAUGUUUACAGCUAUGGAAUGCUAGUUCUUGAGAUGAUCGGAGAAAGGAACAAAGAAAGAGUCGAAAAUGCUGAUUCUAACCACAGCUCAGCUUACUUUCCAGAUUGGAUCUACAAGGAUCUUGAUAAUGGUGAUUACCUAAAGCUUUAUGGAGAUGAACUAACCCAAGAGGAAGGAGAUCUUGUGAAAAAGAUGAUCUUGGUAGGUCUAUGGUGUAUUCAGUUCUGCCCAUCUGAUCGUCCAUCGAUGAACAGAGUCGUAGAGAUGAUGGAAGGAAGUCUGGAUUCUCUUAAUCCCCCUCCUAAGCCUCUUUUGCAUAUGCCAAUGCAAAGUAUUGCAGAAUCAUCUCAGCUAUCAGAUAUUGCAGAAUCAUCGCAGCUAUCAGAUAUUGCAGAAUCAUCUCAGCUAUCAGAUAUUGCAGAAUCAUCUCAGCCAUCAAAGGAAAGCUCAAUUUACUCUGAAGUAUGAUUUCAUGAUUGUUUGGAAUAUCCAUAUAUAUUAUGUUUAGCUUCAAAAUGAAUGUAUGUAAAACCGAUCAUAUCUGAUAAAUAGGCCAUAUUAAACAGUAAAGUGUGUCUCAAACUGAUAGGAAAUCGUAAGAAAACAAGAAGAAGACUAAAUCAUACCAAAGUUUUCGAUUCGUAAGGAGAUUGAGGAACAUCAUCAUCAUCAGGGUCCGGAAAAAGUAUUUCCCGGAGCAAUGCUAUGUCAUCUGCAUUGGAAAUCCCUAUCUCCUUGCAAA